AUGUCGGAUACAGAGGAUAGCACAUUGUACAGACCACGGCCAGCGGAGAAGGAAGAUGAAGUGACGCAGAUUUGUGUGCAUGCCUAUGGUCGUCUGGAGGAGAUUGCUGUGAAGCCGCUGACCUUACCGGCUCUUAGGCGAGAAGCCCGACGUGCCUUUGACCUGCCAAAUGCCGAUAUGCUGAUCAAAGGCCCCGACGGGCAAUUCCCAGACUCGGCGGACGCCUUGCGGAACCUUGAGUCAGUUUACUUGGAGCUGCCUGAUGGUGGACUGCACGACCUCGAGCAAAGAAUCGAUCAGCUGCAGCACAUGCAGGUCAGCUACAUGAGUGAACGUCUCGGGACGUUGACAGAGGAUCUCGCCACGGCACAAGCUUCAAUUGCAGGUUUGACUGAUGCUCUGAUCGAAGAGCAAGCUUUUCGACAAGAGUUCGAGCAGGCAGUGCGAGGUGAGAUCAAGCACGAGAGCAACGGCCUGGGCGCACAGGUCAAAAAAUGGCUGGAGCACCUGGAAACGAAGCUCUGCAACCACUUCGAAGAUGCCUUGCACUCCCUUGAGUCGCGCGUGGUGCAGGAUUUCCAGGACCUGUGGCAAUGGACCAGCGAGGAGUGUCGCAAAUCCGCCGACGGUCAGAAAAGUCUUCAAGAGAAGGUGUUAGCCGUCAAGACAGAGGCACCAGUGUGCUCAAAGCUUUCAGCACGCAUCGAUGACCUCUGUGACUCCUUGGUGAAAGAGGUUCAGGAUAGAACUGCUGAAUCCCAGCAUCUACGUGCAGAGUUGUUGAAGCGCGACGAACGCACAGAGUCCCUCCGCGACUUUGGAGAGGAGCUGCAUGCAGCCAUGGCGGCGCUGCAGCGAGGGCAGCUGAAGCAGGAGUGCCCGGAUGCCGGGGCCUUCACUGCCUUGAAGCAAGCCUGUGAGGAGCUGCGACAUCUCGCAGAAGAGUCGGCAGCCGAUUUGGAGCAGAAGUUCGGUGACAUGUCACGCCGAUUGGAGGUGGCCAGCACUGACUUGCGGCAGGGCCUGGUGCAGGAAGCAGCCUCGAGGACCGAGGGCGAGGCCUUCGUCGAUCAACGCCUGGCAGGCUUUGAGGCCGCUCUACGUGGCGAGGUGCAAUGCCGAACCGAUGCACUGCGGCGUCUUGAGGAUCACGUUCAAGCAGCUGCACUGGCCAUGGAAGCUCGUGGUGCUCGGCCCGCGGAAAGCGCGGAGACGAAGGAGCCGCAGUUGGAGCAGCUGGUUGAGGAGUCGAGAAGGGCGGCCGACGCCGUGGCGGCGGAGACUCGGCGGCGCGAGGAAGCACUCCAGCAGCUUCGCGAGGACUGCCGCGAGUCCAUCCAGCGUGAAGUGCGGUCUCGGCUCCAGGACCAUGCCAAGUUGCGACAGGAGUUGGAGAUGGAGAGGAAGACUCGCAAGGAAGCUUUCGGCAUGAUCCAGAAGGCCAUGAGCCACUGCGGCACUGCCUAA